GUUUUUAUAUUCUUUUUCAGUAAACAAAAAAUCUAUUCCUCUGUUUCAUCUGUAAAAGGAUAAAAUAUUCAAGAAUGGAUCAAACGUCCGCAAAAACGGAUAACAAACCAAACAAGACACAAAUAAUGGAAAAAGUAAUAAAUACAAUGAAGGAACAUCCUUUAAUCUGGAACGUUGGUAUUUUAGACUACCACAGACCUCUAAGGAAUGAAUACCUGCGUAAAUUUGGAAAACAAAUUGGCAUUACAGAGAAUAAAAUGGCCCACCUCAUUUCCUAUGUGAAGAAACGAUACUCCCGAGAAGCAGCUAGAGAAAAACGAGCCAAAAUGGGAAUACUAAGUCGAGAGGUCAUUCCACGGUCUUCCUGGAGAUGGUACAAACAUUGUGAAUUUCUCCAAAGUAGACAAUCCAAGACGCCAAAGUAUCUCCAACCAGCUAAAGAUUCAGACUGCCUCAAGAACACAACUAAUGAUAUGGAGGAAGAUGUAGAACUACCCAGUCCACUCAGUCCUAGGUCAUCAGGUGAUGAGGCAAAUGAACCAGAAUCAAUGCAGGCUGAAGAGAUUGAUUAUGUGGAAGAUGAAAAUCAAUCUGAGACAAUUUCUGAAUCAAUCCAAUAUCAAAUGGACACAAAGAGUGAUGACUUUGAGGAAGCGGAAAAUUCUUCAAGUAUCCAAAAUAUUGAUGAAUCAACAGAGCACGAGGAUACUCCUGAGAGUAAGGAAAGCUGUGAACAAGAUGACGAUGGAACAGUGAUCUAUGAGGAUAGUAGAAAGUUUCUAAUCAGCGGAAUAUGCUCCACAAUCACACAUCAUUUGUCCAAUGCAGAUUACACGGAUGAUGACAUUGUGGAUUUCCACGGAGAUCUACUUAUGUACUUGUACAAAACAAUCCAUAAAACGUAACAAGGAAAUCGAACAA